UGUAUAAGACUGUUAAAUUUAAUUUACUUAUUCGAAGCUGAUCUUAAACAUGGAUUUUUUUUUAAAAAAACCAAGUAACGUUUUGAAACGUCUCGGUUCUACUAAUAUUAAGCAUGAAUCGGAAAGAAAUCAAUGUAAACCUAAAUCAUCCAUAGUCAGUCUGAUAGAUAGUGACGAAGAAAAUGUAAAAGUCAACAAAACUACUUAUGAUAAAAAAGAAAUUCCAAAAGACACUCAAAAGAAUAAAAUAGAGUGUUAUAAUGAUGAUGAAGAUGAUGAUGACAGUAUUAUUUAUAGUCCAGAAAAAACAUCAUCCAAUCCAGAUAAUACAUCUAAAGGAAGUAAUGACAUUCAUUUUGAUGUACCCAAGAGUCCAUCAAUAUUAACAAAAACGCAAUUUUCAACUCCACAAAAAUUUAAAAAAAAACUGUCACUUUCUACAGUAUCAACAUUCAAUCCUAAUAAUGUAAUUUGCGAUAAUACACCAAAAAACCGUGGAGAAAUUAUUACUACUACUGAAAACCAAUCAACAGAUUUGGGCAUUUGGCUUAAUGAUCUAAACAGUAAUUCUAUUUUAUGUGAAACAAUUUCUGAUAUACCAAUUACAAAUUUAGAGAAUCAUUUGAUGAAUUUGAAAAAUUUAGAACUAGAUAUGUUAGAAGAAGUGUAUAAUAUAAUCUUAAACAUAUCAGAUACUGUUGUAUUUUCAAUUCCUAGUCUUAAAAGUCCUUCAGUUUUGGUUGAGCUUAAAAGAAUGCGACAAAAAAUAAAAAAUAAAAUAAAAAUUGGUAAGACACGUUUAAUGAAUGAAUAUUCAAAACCAACUACUUCAAGUAAUAACAAUUUGUGUAAUACUGAAAAUAAAUCCAGAACAUCAUUUUUAAAUGGAUUUGACACAUCAACUGAUUCUCAGCAUGAAAAGCAAACAUUUAAUUCUCCAAAAUAUGGAUCAACUAAUACUGAUAAUACUAGAUUUAAUACAUCAUAUAAUGUGUUUAACAAUAGUAAUACUAAUAAAUUGUAUGAUAGUCGAUCAGAUUUUCAAAAUAAUACUACUACAGAUAUUUAUUCCCGAGAACGUCUAAGCGUGGAUGAAUUGGGUUGUAUUGUCAAUGACAAUAAUUUUGAUUCAUAUUCUAUGUCUGAUGUUCAAAAUCGUUUAGUUAAUGAUUACAAUCUAAAUACACUUAAUAAUUUUGAGACUAAAAAAAUGCCAUCCCAGUCUAGUUAUGAAAAAGCCAGUAAUAUUUCUUUUGAGAAUACUUCUCAACCAAUAUCAAACUGUACCCUGAAAAAAACAUCAGUGUCAAACACACCAGUUUCUAAAGGAGAAUUCAGCAAAACAAAUUAUCCUCAUUCAAGAGAAUUAUUUACUGUAUUUAGAUCAACUUUUGGUCUUCAUGAUUUUCGUCCCAAUCAGUUGGAAACUAUUAAUGCAGCAUUACUUGGUCACGAUUGUUUUGUAUUGAUGCCUACUGGUGGCGGAAAGUCAUUAUGUUAUCAAUUACCUGCAGUAAUAUCCAAAGGAGUGACACUUGUUAUUUCACCUUUGAAAUCAUUAGUCAUUGACCAGACUGAAAAAUUGAAGUCAUUAGAUAUUCCAACAGCCCACUUGUUAGGUAAUAUGCCAUACGAAGAAGAAAACUCAAUCUUCACAAAGUUAUGUAUGUCUGAGCCAGGUUUAAAAAUGUUGUAUGUCACGCCAGAAAAAAUUGCUGCUAGUAUGAAAUUAGGACAAGUUUUAAACAAUUUGCAUUGUCGUGGAAAACUAGCCCGUCUAGUUAUUGAUGAAGCUCAUUGUGUUUCUCAUUGGGGUCAUGAUUUUCGACCAGAUUAUAAACGUUUAGGAGAAUUUAGAAAAAAAUAUCCAGAUGUUCCAAUCAUGGCUCUAACUGCUACUGCAACACCUCGUGUCCGUGAAGAUGUACUACAUCAGUUACAAAUCAGCGGAACAAAAUUAUUUUUAUCUAGUUUUAAUAGACCCAAUUUGCUUUAUAAAGUUGUUCCCAAGAAAGGAAAAUCUGCUCUGGCAGAAAUAGCUAAUCUCAUCAAAGAAAAAUAUAAAAACCAGUCUGGCAUAAUUUAUUGUUUGUCAAGAAAUGAAUGUGAUAAUACAGCAACUUUUAUGUGUAAUGAAGGAAUUAAAGCAAUUAGCUAUCAUGCUGGUCUAACUGAUUCUAAACGUAAUGAUGUUCAAAUGAAAUGGAUCACAAACAAAGUUAAUUUGGUUUGUGCUACUAUCGCAUUUGGUAUGGGCAUUGAUAAACCAGAUGUCCGUUAUGUUUUUCAUUAUUCUCUACCAAAGUCUAUUGAAGGUUAUUAUCAAGAAUCUGGUAGAGCUGGACGUGAUGGAAAAACGUCUCAUUGUUUUCUUUACUAUAGUUAUCAAGAUAUGCAUCGCAUUCGAAAACUUAUUGAGUUGGACGACAGUGGUAAUCAUGAAUCAAAAAAAGUACAUAUGCAAAAUCUUUUUAGAAUUGUAUCAUACUGUGAAAAUAAAGCAGAUUGCAGGCGAACUUUACAACUUAACUAUUUUGGUGAAACAUUUGAUGAUAAUAAAUGUAUUUCAAAUAAAGAAACAGCAUGUGAUAAUUGUCAAAAUAAAGCGACAUUUAAAUAUAUUGAUGUCACAGAAGAUAGUAUUGAAAUAGUUAAAACAAUUAAAGAAUUAUGUGGUUCAGGAGGUGGUAGUUGGAACAAUAAUUUUACUUUGAUACAUAUUAUUGAUAUAUUUAAAGGCAGUUCAAAUCAAAAAAUCAAAUUAAACAAUCAUGAUAAAUUGAAUUUACAUGGACGUGGAAAACAUUGGGAUAGAUUUGAUGCAGAACGUUUGAUGCAUAAAUUAGUUUUGGAAGGUUAUUUGAGAGAAGAAAUGGUUGCUUCUAAAAUAGAUAUUAUUAACGCAUUUGUCAGAGUUGGUCCAGAAGCAGACAAACUCAUUCGAGGAUCAGUAAAAUUAAAAUUAGCAUCAGCUUCAAAGAAUAAAUUAAACAUUGAAACUACAAGUAAACAAUCGAACACACCAGUGAAUACUGUUCUAAAAGAAAUCCAAGAAAAAUGUUAUGAAAAUUUGAUGGAUGUUUGUCGUGGUUUAGCUGCUUCAUUAAAUGUGAACACUAAUGCUGUUAUGACUAUUCAAGCAAUUCAAGAGAUGUCUCACUCUUUGCCAGAGACUGAAGAAGAAAUGUUAAAAAUUGUUGGAGUGACUAAAGCCAAUUUUGAAAAAUAUGGCAGACAAUUGUUAGAAAUUACACAGGAAGCAGCUGCAAAUAAAUUUGUUGCCGAGUGCGAAGAAAAUGAGCUAAAUAAUAUUGAUGAAGAAGGAGAUUGGCUCAAAACUAGUACAGACUGUCCAUACUUUGAUGAUAUGACUACUAGUGUGGUAAACAAUAAGAACAAAAGAAAAACUUAUUAUUCAAAUAAAGGAGGAAAUAAAAGGUUUAAAAGAGGAAAGAGUAAAAACCCAAAGAAAAAAACUGCAACAUUCAUGGCUUCAAAACAGUCUAAGGCAACUAAACCCCAAACAUCUACACUAAAAUCAACAGUAAAAAUGCCACCAUCAAAUAGACCAGGAUUCUUGUCUGCCCCUAAAGUAUCUUAUUUUUAAUAUUAAUAUUUUAAUUUUAAUUAACACUCGGUAUGACACAUACAUUGAAAUAUAAACAAGUUUUAGUAAAUAGUUUAAGUAGUUUUUUUUAGUGUUUAAUAAAUGUAACAGCAGCACCCAUAGCAGUUGACAGGAGAUAUUUUUGUUGCAUAAUUAUUAUUCCGUGUUACAAACAAUAGUUAUAAAUUUAAUAUAAAAGGAGAAUCAAUAUUAUUAAUAAU